AUGACACAGUACACAGAAGUGGGCGGGAGUGGGUGGGGACUAAAAGGUCACGAGGCCAAUGGUCCAUUAGCACGGCCAACUACCACUCUCUUUUGCUCUUUGACUAUCUCUAGAAAGUCAGCAACGGUAGAAGGACCAGCUGAUCACCUUCGGCCGUCUUCAAGCUCAAGAACUUUUACCGGACCAGCAAGACUUUUUUCUGGAGAAACAGUGCAAUCUGCUCCUCAACGACUUGAAGCUGUUACUCACGACAUCAUUUUCUGGAGCAAUGGAUUCACAAUAGAUAAUGGUGCUUUGAGGAGUUUGGAGGAUCCUGAAAAUGCAUCCUUCUUGGAGGUGGGUGGUUUGCCAUUUGGCAAGGGAAUUAGUGGAUUCAUUAGAGCAUCUCCGAGAGAUGUUGUAUAG